CGCGCGCUGCGCGCCGCCCGCUCGCCCGUCCUCGUCGACAACACCAACACCGAGAUGUGGGAGAUGAAGCCGUACGCGGAGAUGGCCGUCCAGUUCGGCUACUAUCUGGAGAUCGUCGAGCCGGCCACCAGCUGGCGCUUCGAGCCGCGCGUGCUCGCGCGCAAGAACGUGCACCGCGUGCCGAUCGAGACGAUCGAGGGAAUGACGGCGCGCUACCAGCACAGUGACGUGGUCACCGUGGAGACUCUGUACAGGAUGAUCGACGUGAAACCGAAGCCGUGGCCGCCUCUCGUCGCCGCCGCGCCCACCAACGCCGUGGUGGAGCUGGCAGCGCCGGAGCGGACCGCCGCGGCCGCCGGCGCCGCCAGCACGAGCGGCGUCUCCCAGCCGUGGCCACUUGCCAUUCUGCCCAUGGACACGGCGGCCACGCUCCGCGCCCCGUCGACUCCGGCGCUGUCCGCCGAGCCGACCGCCUUGUCGAGCCUGCAGUGCGCCGGCGACGCCAACUGGGCCACCAACCUGCUGCUUGACUCAAACAUGGUGCCGGUGCCCGCACCGGAGCCGCAGCCGCAGCCGCAGCCGCAGCCGCCAGCGGAGGAUUCGGACAGCGGAGCGGACGUCAUCGUUGAGAGUGACGCCAGCGGCUCAGACCCGCUGAGCCUGACGCUGCCGGCAGAGUUCGCCUUCCAGCUGCAGAAGCUGUUCGGACCGACGAUCUUCGGUCCGCGCACCGUGUCGCAGCUGGCCGAGCUGCCGGACGCCGAACGCACGAUCCCGCUGCCGCUGGACCUGGCGCGCCGGCUGCACGGCGCCUGGCUGGCCGGCGCCGGCCGCGCCUUCGACGCCGACCAGCGGAGCUUCGAGCACCUGCGCUGCCAGGUGGCCGAGAUGGCGCGCUGCGAGGAGCGGCGCGCGCGCCGCGAGGAAGAGGAGCGUCAGGCUAUGCUGCGAAGAGACGAGGAGAUGGCCCGCCAGCUGCAGCUGGAGGAGGACGGCCGGCAUGCGGGCCGGGCGCCGCCCGCUCCCCUUGCCAGCCCCACCCCGCAGCUGCGCGAGAUCAUGGACAUGGAGGAGGCGUUCCAGCGCAGCGAACAGACGUCCGGCGCCAGCCGCUCGUCGCAGGCCGAGCGGCUGACGCGGCAGCGGCUGCGCGACGAGUUUCCGGGCGUCGACCCGCGCUACCUGGACGACGUGCUAGAAAUGCACGACGGCAACUACCGUCAGGUGCUGCAGGUGCUGGAGGUCACCGUUCCCUGCGUCAGCCGGCGCGCCGAGCCUGACCGACCCCCUCUCCGUGCCGCUCAGGCGGCGCUGGCGGCGGGCGCGGAGCCCGGCUGGGAGGCACGCGACGCCGGCGGCGGCUUCCUGGCGCCGGAGGGCGGCCUGCCGACCUUCCAAGACCUGCAGGCCGAGGCCGAGGUCUUCCGGCGCCAGAUGCGCCACGCCGAGCAGAUGGCGGAGCGGGCCGUGCGCCGUGGUAUGGCUGGUGUCAGCCAGUACUACGUCGAGGAGCGUGACCGCGUAGCCGGCCUUCUGGAGGAGUGCCGCGUCCGUGCGGCACUCACCUCGGUGGACCUGCGCCACGGGGACAACCCCGAUCAGCUCGACCUGCACGAGCUGGUCGUGGAUCAGGCGCUAACCGUCCUGGCCAGCUUCAUCGCCGACCGGCAGCGCCACUUCGGCCUGAAAGGCUACAGGCGGGGCACCGUAUGUGUCAUCACCGGAAAAGGGAAACACAGCCGCAACGGCAAGGCAAAGAUCAAACCUGCCGUCAUUAACUGGCUCACCAACAAGGGCGUCAGGUUCGAAGUGGCGCCCAACAACGAAGGCAUGCUGCUGGUGACGGUUGAAUCUGAGCACCUGUAUCAGCCGCGCGGCGUCUAGGCGCCCGCCGCUGCCGGUCGCCGCACCGCACCACUGGUUCCGACCGACUGCGAGGUGUCUAGUGCACGCCGCCGCAAAGAGCCAGCUCAAGCGGCCGUACCGGCCCCGCCGAGAGCGGCCCAUCGAGAGCGUCGCCCCGCCGAGAGAGGCCAGACCGGCCCCGCCGAGAGCGGCUGAACUGGCCCCGCUAAGAGCGGCUGGACCGGCCCCGCCGAGAGCGGCUGAACUGGCCCCGCUAAGAGCGGCUGGACCGGCCCCGCCGAGAGCGGUUGGACCGGCCCCGCCGAGAGGGGCUGAACUGGCCCCGCUAAGAGCGGCUGGACCGGCCCCGCUAAGAGCGGUUGGACCGGCCCCGCCGAGAGGGGCUGAACUGGCCCCGCCGAGAGGGGCUGGACCGGCCCCGCCGAGAGCGGCUGAACUGGCCCCGCUAAGAGCGGUUGGACCGGCCCCGCCGAGAGGGGCUGGACCGGCCCAGUCAAGAGCGGCUGGACCGGCCCUGCUAAGAGCUGCUGGACUGGUCCCGCCAAGAGCGUCGUGAGGGUCGGGAGACCGCACUGGUAGUGUGGAGAAAUCUGCAUGUUACCAAUGCUCUUCAUGGCUGAGGAGUGUUUGUUUUAAUUUCCAUGACAUAAUUGUAACUACUUUUGUCCGGUUUUAAUUUUGAUAACAUUGCAUCACAUUGCCACUACUUUUGUCUGAAGUUCAAAGCAUGAGAAACUUGUAUAUGCCAUAGUAUAAAGUGUGUACAAAGCGUGGAUAGUGGUUGUCACAUCGUGCGCGCAUGAUUAUUGACUCCGGUUGCUAGUGCUCGCGAACCUUGUACAAGUAAUUUUGUAUCCAAAGUGGUUCAGGAAUUCAGCAGUUUCACGGAAUGGUUGAGCCCGGUUGUUGCCUAUGUGAUAGUUAUUCCCGUCGUCCUCGUGUGGUGCAUUGGUACGUUCACAACGUUUCGGGCGUCGUAAGGUGUUCUCCGGUCCUGAUAAGGACUGAAUAAUGUUUGGCUGUCAGAAGAGGGAGCUAACAUUACUGGACUUACUAUUUAAACUCGUGUUCAAAGACUGGCACGACUUGCAACCACGCCCAUGAAGUGGGCGAGUGUACACGCCCGAGUGCAACAUUACGCCGUCCACAUCCCCCGCCUGCUGCGUUUCGGUAACGCUCCAUCACCUCCCUCCUCUCCCCCCCCCCCCCCUCUCACUCGUGGUGCACUCCUGCCUCCAGGCGAGGACGGUAGUGAACAAUUUGUCCUUCAAGAAUUUGCCAGUUCGGUGCCCGUUGAAGACAGGUGACGGUCAGUGUAGUCGUUUGUACAAACUGUGACGGUAUUCCUUUAUUCACUAGCGUACCUGGCCGUUUUGGCGUUCAGCCAAUGCAUGUGGCGUGCUUUGACGCACGUGAUACCGUAUGACUGAGGCGUUGUUCCUUGGGGUCGAGUUUAGUGUUUGGAUUUCCCUUGUCCGUUUAAAUCGGGUAGUCCUGUCCGGUUGGAUCGAGUCAUCUCGUCAGCUGGGAUCGAGUCAUGCCUGGGCGCUUCAGCGUGAACGCCUGUGUUCGGGCGCCCUGUGUUCGAAUAGUGGCCGUCGGCCCGCAGAGAGGGAGGCCCAGUGAUUGCGGUGCCGCGCGACUGCAACCUUGACCGGGGAGCUGGCUGUGUACUGGCGACGUCGUCGAGUCAUUGUCCCUGGCCGGCACAGGCGGCGCUGCGGGCCGCGCCCUCGCCGAUGCCGGCCGUCCGCCUGUGGGCGCGGCUGGUGCGGCGUGGGCGCCGGGGAUCGCUGGUGGUGCGCCGUGGAGGGCUGACCCAGCUCACCGUGGCCCCUCCACUGACGGUGUGGCGCCCGUGCGAUCUCCAAGAGGACCCGGUGUCCGAACUGUGAUGAUGCGGUGCCUCAUUCCGUGUGUGCCUUCGUGUUCCUGGUCCGCGGGCUGUGUGUGCAACGGGCUUCACGGGCGUAUUUACCCUCGUGUGGCCUAUCAAUGAAUCGUCGAUUACGUGCAUUGUACGAGUCUUUUUGAACGGUGCGUUCAAUUGGAUGUGAUUUUUAAUUGCUUGAACUUCGAACGCGGGUAUGUAGCAAUUCUGUGUGGGAACUUUUCUUGCGUGGUCAGGUAGUGGUAAUUGGGGCGAUCGGGCACUUCAACUGCGCUGUUACAUAGCGCCCGCGCGUUCUCGCGUAUGUGUCGAGUGGAGGAGGAUUGGGCGGUCAAGCAUAUUCGGACUGGCUUGGAUGCGUAUGAUGCUCCCGGUGAUUUAAUUUAAGUCAAUGUGCCAUAUGAUGCUUACCAUGCGCGUCAUUAUGUAUUAUGCUUAUCACGCACGAUAUCGUUACGGGGGCUUCAGCGGUAGUGAUCGGUGCUGUACCUUCGAUUUUUUAUCGGUGAGCUGUUCGCUUUAUUUAUUUUUUUGUGCUGGAAUUGAGCGUGCUUGCUCGAUUCUUUCUUCGUAGGCCCCGAAUAUACUAUUUUGAGUUAUAUGUCUGGGUGGUGGAAAAUAGCGUCCUAGUGAUCCGGCGACGAGCCGGUUCCGGUCAGGGCUUUGUAAAAAAAAGGUAAUGCGUCGCACCUGUCACAUAUUCCGACUACUGUGAGGGUUUUACGUAACUAGUACUAGCCGGAGAUAACUGCUCGAAAACAGUGACUUUUCAGCCGUUAAGAGGUAUCCGCGGCAAUGAAUUGAUGGAUACCGUACACCGGUUCACUGAGCACACAGGGAAUCCAGCCGCCGGGGUGGCGCGGGUGGUUAUGAUAAGUGGAAUAAAUGACGGAAUGACGCGGAUGAGGCGGUGCGCGAUGGUGCUGAUUGCUCCUCCGAUGGCGCUGAUCACGUGACGUCGACGAGCGGGGCUGCUGUGCCAUCGGGACGGGCACGGUGUUCACUGUUACGUGGUACGGUGGGGUCAGCGGCGGUGGCCGUUC